GCGAACUCCUUCCCGCUGACGGGCCUCUGCGGCGUCUGAGAGCCCGAGACGGCGGAGCGGAGCAGGCCGGUGCCGGGGAGGGUCAGGACGGGGAGAGACGCGGAGGGAAGACGGGCAGUGCGCGACCACCGGAGGGUUCAGGCCCGGGGCUGCAUGGCCAAACGGGGAGGAGGAGGAUUUGAUGGUCUGAAGGUGGAUCAGUUUCAUCGCCACAGAAGUCCCUCAGCAUCUUAAUGUCUUUUGUUUCAUAUGGUUUGAUUUCAAAUGCAUCGAUCAGGCCAGUAGUGUGUUUUUGUUUCAUCAUGCCUCUCGAGCUGGACUGUGACGCAGCGACGAACAAAACGAGUCCAGAGGCAGAACAGGAAGUGUGUGAGGUCACACACGAAGAGAGAGUGACAGACACACCAACACGAAGAGUUGGACGACCCGCUCGAAAACGCAAAGCACCAGGAGAGGACAGUUGUGGGCGUGUGAUUGAGGGCGUGACCUGUAUGAAACAGGCGGGGUGUAACGGUGAAGCAGAGAGUCCGGUUUCACAGAAAAACCUUGAGCAGAAAGACUCCUCCCCUGACUCCACCCACCAGAACGGCACAGACACGCCCCCCAGUGCGGAAGGAGACUCCGCCCCUUCAACUCCACGGAAGAAACGAGGGCGGCGGAAACUUAAGCAGCCGGAGCUACACGUUGACGAGGACGACACCAGCAGCGACACCAGCAGAGGAGAGAGCGACGGGGGUCGUCUGAGGGGCCGGCAGGGCUGGGACAUCAGUCUGAGGAGACGUCCCGUACCAAGAGAGACCUUCCAGGCCGGAGACCCCUACCACAUCAGCCGCAGAGAGAAAGAGGAGUUGCUCGCCCGCUGGAAAAAAGAGAAGGAGGAUAAGGCCCAACUGGUGACCAUCAUGAGUGACAUGAUGGACGACCAAUCAACUGUCAGCUCUCAGAAGGAGGAGGAGGAGCCAGCCAUCAAUCUCCUUUCCAUGCCCACACCUCAGCAGCAGCACACUGACCCCGCCUCCCCAACGGUCGCCACGACACCUGAGCCGCCUCCUGUCGCCUGCGGCAACAAAGUGAUGGCGAGAUCCUCAGAGAUGAAUCUGGAGUAUGAGGACGGCCGUGGGUUCGGGAUCGGAGAGCUGGUCUGGGGGAAGCUGCGGGGAUUCUCCUGGUGGCCUGGCCGGAUCGUGUCGUGGUGGAUGACAGCCCGCAGUCGCGCCGCUGAAGGCACCCGCUGGGUCAUGUGGUUUGGAGAUGGCAAAUUCUCAGUGGUGUGUGUGGAAAAGCUGUUGCCCUUGAGUACAUUUUGCACAUCUUUUCACCAGCCCACCUACAACAACAGCCCAUGUACAGAAAAGCCAUCUAUGAAGUUUUACAGGCAAACGGCGAGUAUGCGUGCCGGGAAACCGUUCCCUGCGUGUGCGUCCACUGAUGACUCGGACUCAGGGAACAGUGUUGAAGUGCAGACGCAGCAGAUGAUUGAUUGGGCCAACUCUGGGUUCCUCCCUUCUGGUGCCAGAGGCCUGGAGCCGCCACCAAG